AUGGAGGCCGCCGAGCCCCGCGCUGGGCCCGCGGCGGAGGCCGCCGAGGCGCGCGCGGCCGAUGGCGCGCGGGUGCUGGAGGUGCUGCUGCGCGGCGGCGCGCCCUGGGGCUUCACCCUCAAGGGCGGGCGCGAGCACGGCGAGCCGCUGGUCAUCACCAAGAUCGAAGAAGGCAGUAAAGCCGCGGCUGUGGACAAGCUACUGGCUGGAGAUGAGAUUGUGGGCAUCAAUGACAUUGGCCUUUCAGGGUUCAGACAGGAAGCGAUUUGCCUGGUGAAAGGGUCCCAUAAGACCCUCAAGCUGGUGGUCAAAAGGAGGAAUGAGUCGAGCUGGAGGCCUCACUCCUGGCACGCCACCAAGUUCUCCGAUGGCCAUCCUGAACCUGUGGCUUCGCACUUCCCCUGUGCCAGUGGCUCCCCUUCCUGGCAUGUCCAGCACCAUGCAAGUUCUUCUCACGACCUGUCCAGCUCCUGGGAGCAGAGGAGCCUCCAGCGCACUUCUGAGCAUUUCAGCUCGCUGGGAAGCAUGGAUAGCUUGGACCACCCCUCCCAGCCCUACCCAUCUGGCCGCCUCUCAGCAGCCAAAUCCAGCAGCAGCAUCGACCAUGUGGGCGGUCAUAGCAAACGCGAUUCUGCAUAUGGCUCCUUCUCCACCAGCUCUAGCACCCCAGACCACACCUUGCCCAAGGCUGAUGCCUCCUCCGCUGAGAAUAUCCUCUACAAAGUCCACCUUUGGGAAGCGUCCAGGCCAGACGGUAGCCACCAGGCUCAGGUUGCAGGCGACCUGCGCAGCAUGGAGGGCAGACCCCUGGCCCGGGACAACACUAAAAGCCCCAGACCAGAGGACCCUGCCGAGCCCAAGCUGCUCACCUCUGGGCGAUUGAGUUUCGGGCCGGUCUGGCAUGUUCCUGACAAGAAGAAGGCGCCGUCCUCGCCGCCGCCCCCUCCCCCUCCCCUGCGCAGUGACAGCUUCGCUGCCACCAAGGGCCCGGAGAAGGCGCCGGCGCCCAGCCUCGCGCUGGCGGACGUGGCUGCGUCCCAGCACUUGAUGAUGGCGUCGGCCAGGCCGCAGCCCCGCGGGGACUGGAGGGUGGAGGCAGCCGAGCGGCAGCGAAGGCCGGCAGGCCUCAGCAGCCCCGGCGGCGGCGGACCCGAAAGUCACAUGGAGACCGGGGUCCCCCCCCUGGGGGUCCCAGGCCGGCUGCAGACCUCGCUGUCCAGCCUGGAUGUGCGCUUCCUGCAGCCUUACCCAGGGGGCCGCCAUCCGCGCGGCCUUGGCAGCGACCAGAGCGCCAGGCCCCCCGCCUUGCAGAGGGCGCCCCAGCAGCCGCCCCCCUCCGCCUGCUGCCAGGACCCCUGCCCGCCUCAGGCCAGGCGAUCCAGUGCCGCCAGCCAGAAGGCUGAGAGCGGGGGACCGAGCCAUGACUCCUGCGUUCCGGCCAGGCAGCCCGUGCCAGGGGCGGCGCGGGCCGCUGCGCUGCGGGGCGAUUCCUGGCACGGGAACGCGGGCCUCGACGAGCCGUCCACGCAGCCCGUGGCCCACAGCGCGCGAUGCCCCCUCCCUCAGCGCGAAGGGGCCCCGAAUGCCCUCGACGCGCAGCGGUGUCACCCGCUCGACGGCGGCGCCGAGGGCUGUUGCGCGGGCGCCCACGAACCCGCGGCCGCCGGCCGGGCGGAGAAAGCCGGCGUGCAGAGAACGGGCGACGGCGGCAAGUGGGCGGAUGGGCCGGGCAGCAGGAUCUGUCGCCAGAGGACGCCCAUGCUGCACUCCCUGACCCAGGAGCGGGCGCAGCAGCCCGAGAGCUGCCCCGAUGCCGCCGAGAAGCCGCCGCCGCCGUUCGAUGCCCAGGGCGGGAAACCCACGCGCAGGAGCGACCGCUUUGCCACCACGCUGAGGAACGAGAUCCAGAUGCGCAGAGCAAAGCUGCAGAAAAGCAGGAGCACGGUGGCCCUGGCUGCGGCCGGCGAGGCCGAGGAUGAGGCUGGCGUGUGGAGGGACCAGGCUGGGGCCUCUCCAGAAGCUUCCUUCAGCAGUACCUACAAAGACCACGUGAAGGAGGCGCAAGCCCGCGUCCUCCGGGCCACGUCCUUCAAGCGCCGCGAUUUAGACCCGUCCCCAGCCGAUCAGGCUCCGGGCUCAUCAGAACUCAGGUCUGGGGACCCCAGUGCCUCCUCCUCGUAUUCUGGGGAGCCAGACUCUGGGGCCCCCCACUUCUGGGACGCAGGCCCUGCCAGGCCAUCGGCCCCGGGCGGGGGCCUGCCUCCCCUUUCCCGGAUUGGAGGCCGGAAACGGUUCACCGUGGAACAGAAGCUGAAGUCUUACUCUGAGCCAGAGAAAAUGAACGAGGUGGGGCUCUCGGGCGGCCACGGCCCCCACGCGUGUCACGGCACAGCGGACGACGCCAUAGGGACGUUCGCCGACAGGUGCAAGUUUUUUGAAGAGACAAGCAAGCUGGUGCCGCAGAGGCCGGGCCCGAGACAGGCGCCCGGGGGGCUCCCGAGAGAGAAGGCCGAGCGGCCCGGGACAGCCGGGCCCGCGCGCGCGCGGGGCGAGCCCUGGCUGCACACGAGGUGGCGCGCCACCUCCUUCGGGGAGAUGCUCAAUGGCCACGGAAAAUCGGAAAGGGCCAGAAAGUCCGACCCACCGCAGAGACUCGGAACCUUUGCGGAAUACCAGGCGUCCUGGAAGGAGCAGAGGAAGCCGCUGGAAGGCAGAAGCGCAGGCCGGUAUCACUCGGCAGAUGACAUCCUGGACGUGGGCUUGGACCAACACGAAAAGCCGCAGUACCUUCACGAACGGUCCCGCUCGUCCCCGUCCACAGAGCACUACUCACAGGAGGCAUCUGUGGAACCACGCAGGCAGGCAGAGGAUUCUGGCGGGCACAGAGGAGCGCUGGCGUCCGUGGGACCCGGUGAGGAGGCAUGUUCCGCUCUGAGAAGGACCGCCCAGCCUUUUGGAGUUGAAAAUGCAGUCUCUGGAGGGUUAGCCGUGGAAGUGUUAGGAGCACUCCCCCCUGAGGCCAGAUAUGACUGGCUGGUGGAGGUGGAAGUUGGCAGAGGGAGCCUGCGUGAACUUGUCCAUCACAAGGCAGCAGGCUCUGCCGCUCCAGCUGCUGCCAGCAUGCUGUGGUGA